AAUGAUUAGAAAAUUAUUUUCGAAAACCCUCCCAUUUAUUAGACCAUAAUUCUACAUUAACCAUAUGUAUUAAUACUCCACCUAUUGACAUAGCUUUGAUACUCAAGAUUAGUUUAAGAAGUUUAACAGGACAAGUAUCGAGAGUAUUAAAUCAUCUGUGAAUCCCUUACCCUCUCCAAGUGAAGAGGCUGGACUUUACAUGGAAGAAAAUGAAGUAAGAAACUAUUCUACAACUCUUAGGUAGAUGUGAGAUUUUUGAAAGUCUUGAAAUCCUUUGAAAAAAUAGAUGUCAAAUAAGUCAAUUGGGAAGGAGAUUUAAACAAAGAUUUAGGCUUAGAUAGUCUUGAAAGAAUUGCUUUGAUCACAUCAAUUGAGCAUGAGUUUACAGCAAUCUUUGAAGAUAGAGUAUUUGAUAAUUUGAAAUCAUUGUAAGACAUUAAAAACCAGAUCUUAAAAGACGAUUCAGCAUUUUGAAUAAUAUUUUAUGAAAAAGAAAUUUAAAAU